CACACGGAAGGAUGUUAGAGACGAUCCGCCUAUGAUACCUAAUGGGUGGGAUUUGCUUAAGGUUUAAGGCGUAGUAUUUUAUUGUAAAGUAGUACUGGUAUGGAAUAGAAGGUGAACAGCCAGCUGUCCAGGUGGCUUUUUGUUUAUUUUUCGUCGUGCUUGAAGCUGUCAGUUCUGAGGUGGAGUGUUGGAGAAUUUAAUUUGGGGAUCCUUACCAGAUCAUUGGCCCUACAGUGAAGAGUUUGUGUGUGUUUGUGCGUGUGUGUGUGCAUGCAUGUGUGUGAGUGUGUGUGAGUGCUUAAAGAAAUCAACAUGGUCCUUGCCAACCUAAAAUACUUUGGAAAGCAGCUUCUGCGAGUGAAGGUGGUCGACUGCAGCACAGAAGAGUCUCGGCUUUCCCGAUGCCUCAACACCUUUGACCUGGUGGCCCUGGGAGUGGGCAGCACAUUGGGCGCUGGCGUCUAUGUGCUGGCUGGGGCCGUGGCACGGGAAAACGCUGGUCCGGCUAUCGUCCUAUCCUUUCUGAUUGCAGCAUUAGCCUCAGUCAUGGCCGGACUGUGUUACGCUGAGUUCGGAGCGCGUGUUCCCAGGACGGGCUCCGCGUAUCUGUACAGCUAUGUGACGGUGGGCGAGCUGUGGGCCUUCAUAACCGGCUGGAACCUCAUCUUGUCUUAUAUCAUAGGAACAUCCAGUGUUGCUCGGGCCUGGAGUGCGACCUUUGAUGAGCUCAUUGGGAAACAUAUAGAGAAUUUCUGCAAGUUACACAUGAGGAUAAAGGCCCCUGGAGUGUUAGCAGAGUAUCCCGACAUGUUUGCUGUGCUCAUCAUCCUCAUACUGACAGCUUUGUUGGCGUUUGGGGUAAAGGAGUCCGCUAUGGUCAAUAAAGUGUUCACCUGCAUCAAUGUUCUGGUGCUGAUGUUUGUGGUGGUGUCGGGCCUGAUCAAAGGAACCCUCAAAAACUGGAACUUGGAUCCUAAGGAAAUCCUCAACCACACAUACUUUGAGAAUAUGUCAGAGCUGUUGCCAUCUGAAGAGAGUUUGGGUGUUGGUGGCUUCAUGCCGUUCGGUUUCUCUGGUGUUUUGUCUGGUGCUGCCACCUGUUUCUACGCUUUCGUUGGGUUUGAUUGUAUCGCCACAACAGGUGAGGAGGUGAAGAAUCCUCAGAGGGCGAUGCCUAUUGGCAUUGUAGCAUCUCUUCUCAUCUGUUUCGUCGCCUAUUUUGGCGUAUCGGCCGCCCUCACGAUGAUGAUGCCGUACUACAUGCUGGAACAGAACAGCCCUCUGCCCGGGGCCUUCAAAUAUGUGGGCUGGGAAGGGGCGACAUACGCAGUAGCUGUUGGUUCCCUCUGUGCUUUGUCCACCAGUCUGUUGGGCUCCAUGUUCCCAAUGCCCCGCGUAAUAUGGGCCAUGGCUGAAGACGGGCUGCUCUUCAAGUUCUUAGCCAGCAUCAAUGAAAAAUCCAAAACGCCCAUAAUAGCCACUGUAACCUCAGGCAUAGUGGCAGCGCUGAUGGCUUUCCUGUUUGAUCUGAAAGAUCUGGUUGAUCUCAUGUCCAUUGGCACUCUGCUGGCUUACACACUAGUCGCGGCCUGUGUCUUAGUCUUGAGGUACCAGCCAGAGCAGCCCAGUGUGAAUGUCCAGUAUCAGAGAGCCAGCUGUCAGGAGGAAACAGAGGCCGAAUCCAUUAACGAGAGCAGUGCUGGUUUCCUGCCUGGAUCUCAAGAUCUCUGCACCCUCAGCAACCUUCUGUUCCCCAAAAAUGAGGAGCCGUCUUAUCUCUCUGGCUUAACUGUCAACAUCUGCACCAGUGUAUUAGGUGUUCUGGUGUGUGUGUUCAGUGUCGUGGCAGUUCAGGGUGGACUUGGGGUUCUUGCCACUCUGGCUGUGGCUUGUUUAAUCAUCACCAUGUUAAUAUGGCGGCAGCCUGAGAGCAAGACAAAACUGUCUUUUAAGGUUCCUCUGCUGCCGUUCCUCCCCGUCCUCAGCAUGUUCAUUAAUGUGUACCUGAUGAUGCAGCUGGACAGAGGCACUUGGAUGCGCUUCGCCAUUUGGAUGGCCAUAGGUUUUGUUAUUUAUUUUUGCUAUGGGAUCUGGCACAGCACAGAGGCGGCCUUGGCCAGUAACGACACAGAAGACAUCAAAACCUUCAAACCGACAAUGACAAACAAACCAGCCACACCUGAGAAAGAGGCUUUCUUGAGUGACGGUAUUAGUGCCAGAGCAGAGGAGAGCAGUGACCCUUGAGAAAACACUUGAAAUACCCUGUCACGGAUGGCAUUAUGUGCUCACUAUACUUAUAUGUGACUUACAACAACUGAAACGUCCAAACCGAGAGCUGCUAUUGAUGUUCAAGACAAUGUCCUUUAUGUGUUACUGUAGGUCCAAAGAAACUUUAAGCAGCAUUACAACAUGUGACGAUUAUUUACCAGAUGAAUUGCCUGUUAUUCAGGUAAAACAUGAAGGACAGAAUUAAUGAUUAUAAUGUGUACUUAAGGAUGUACACUGCACUAUUAGAACAGUCAGUUGUCUAAUUGGUUUAUUUUUAUCUAUUUAUAUUUGUAGCGUGUUGCUAUCAGGCUUUCUAAAAAUUAUUUUGAGCAAAACGUGUUGCACUGACAAUGACUUUUAGUGAAUGAUACCGGUGCCACUUGUCAGACUUUGAAGCAGUUGCCAAACCGUUGGGAUAGGAACAUUUCUGUUCAGAGGGAUUGUAAUGCUUGUUUGUUUGGUCGAUUUCCUUUUCAUUCAGCUGUUGUGUGCAUGUUGAUUCUCUGUUAGCUGUUUUACUCUUGCAUCUGAAGUUGGGCUAAAAAUGUUGUACAGUAUUCUUGGAUUUUUGUGCAUUGUACUUUUAUUGUCCGUAUUUUAGUCUGUUGAUUUGUAUAAAAGCAAAAAAAAGCCAAAUAAUUUGUUAUCAUGAUUGUUUUGAUUAUGGAUAGCGGAUCUACCAUAAACUGCAUUAUCUUGUUGACCUUUGCAUAAACCAGACUCUGAUUUUGCAGACACAUUUUUGCGUGUGUCUACAUUUUCUGCAGUGUAUUUUUAAGUAGUUAAAAAAAUAUAUAUAUUCGGUUGUUCAUGUCAAAAUAUUUUA